CAGUCCAAAAAUCUGUUAAUUUGGUCCAAUCAUCCAUCUCGUCUGCAUCCAUGUCAUAAAAAAUAUUAAUAAAAAACUAACAAAAUAAAAAAUAAUUAAAACCCCUUAACCCAAUCCAAUCCAUUUUUACCUCUCCCCUCCCUCUCCGCCACCAUCUACAAAGUUUGACUUCCCCAAAUUUCUUAUUCAAGAACCCUACAAAUUCCAAUCUAUACAAACCUAAGGUUGACAAUCGGUUAGCCGGUAACCGAACCGGCAAUCGACGAUUAUCGGUUAACCCGAUAACCGAUAGUGUUGGUUGUCGAACAGAGAUGGGGGACUUUCAGUAUACCGGCUCCAGACGGAUAUUCAGUUAAACCGAUACCAUCAGGGAAAGGCAAUACGUCGCGUUUCACCCCCAAGUCUCCCCCAACACUAAUUGCUUCGCCUCUCCCUCUCGCGUCUCGUCCAUUCGUCUAGUCGCCUACAAAAUUGAAAACCCAGAAGAGAGAUGACGACGACCGACUCCGACUCGUCUUGUCCCUUCCCUCAUCGAUGCUGACUCGGCGUCCAUCGCUCGCCUCCCAUCUCCCCCCGCGAAUCUCUGGCUCUCCUCCUCCGCUUCUCCGACUCGACUCCGCCUCCCUUGUUUGUCACUGUGUGACUGCGACGCCUUCUCACCUUCCUCCUUCCCUCCGCGAUGCCGCUGUCGUGGUCCGUGGAGCUCCAGCAGUUUCGUAAAGCUCCAUAGGUAAGGAAUGGAUGAUUCAUGAUUCCCUUCCCCUGGUCGACUGGUCCUCUACUCCUCCAAUGCCUGACUCUGUGCUUCCUUUGUUGUCUUGUUCAUGAGUGCAGAGGUAGAGUAGCAGUUGAGAGCUUGAGCUCAAGCAGCAACAAUAGCCAAAGGCCAAACUCCAAUUCUCCACAGCAGGCAGCUGAGGCCGAAGCAGCCAAAGGCCAGCAGCAGCAAUAGCAAGCUGCCAAAGCAGGCUGAUUAAAAAAAAAUAAAAAAUGUAUGUAUAUGAGAAGGAGGAGUGUUUACGUGUUUACGUGUAGUAUGUGGUGACAGUGGUGUGUGUAUGAGAUUCAAACUUUCAAUUGAUGAGAAAUUUAUAAUGACAUUAUGUGUGUAUGAGUUUCAAUUGAUGAGAAAUUGAUAGUGGGUUGAUUGAAUUGAGGUUGAUUGAAUGGUUUAGUAUUGAUUGAAGUGUUGUUUAGGAAAUUUAUGUGUCCAUUUUGUUGUACUUUUGUAGGACGAAACCUUUUGGCAGUCGUGGAGGAGGUAAUAAGAAAGUUGGUUCUCUACCUCCUCGAAGCUCUUCAAAAAAGGCAAGGCUUCAACUAGUACACUUUCCACUAUGACAAAUCCACCUCCUCCAUAUGCAGCAAAUCCAUCUCUUGAGGAAUCCACCUUCACUUGCAGCAAAUCCACACCCUUCUUGGUGUUGCUGGUGAGGUACCUAGUGUGCAAAAGAAAAUUGACUAGGGGAAGGGGAGGAAGAAGAAAUCUAAGUGGUGGAUCCCUUACACUCGUGAGAUAGUGGAUGACUAUCCAUACGACAAAUGCAAACGGUGUGGGACGCGGAUCAAAGCUCAUUCAAGCUUCAAUGAGACUACUGGUUUGAAAAACCAUCACCCGAUGUGCGAGAGGAGAACGAGGAAAGCUAGUGUCAGUCGGUAUUUAACUAUCAACCUAGAAGUGAGGUUGGUGAGGUAGGUUCUCUUACUCCGUGUAAGUUUGAUCAGAACAAAGGUAGACAUGCAUUAGCUAUCAUGAUAAUAUUGGAUGAGCUUCCGUUUAGAUUUGUUGAGCGGGAAGGGUUUAGGAGAUUUAUGGCCACAACUUAGACUUUGUUUGUGAUACCUAGAAAGAAAACAAUAAAAUCUGAUUGUUAUGUCCUUUUUCUUGAGAAGAAAGAGAUGUUGAUUGAGUUUUUUACUCAAAGUGCAAGGGAAGGAUUUCUAUCACUACAGAUACAUGGACUAGUGAUAACAAUCAGAAUUAUAUGUGCGUGACUGCACAUUUUAUUGGACAUGGUUGGAAGUUGCAGAAGAGGAUUAUUUGCUUUAUUCCCAUUACUAGUCACACAGGAAAGGAAAUUGCUGAUACUUUGGCAGCAUGUCUACAAGAAUGGAAAGUGAAGAAUCUGUUUUGCAUGACAAUGGAUAAUGCCACUUCCAAUGAUAUUCUUGUUGAGUGCAUGAGAACAAAACUGAAAGAGUGGGGAUCGGAUUUGCUAGAUGGGAAGUAUCUGCAAUAUAGAUGUGAGGCACAUAUAAUCUAUCUGGUUGUUUCUGAUGGGUUGAAGGAGGUUGGAGUUGCUGUGGAGAGGGUAAGGGAUUGUGUGAAAUGGGUGAAGUCGUCAGCUCGGAGUGCAAAGUUCAAGUCCAGCAUCAACUAUCUAGAGAUGGAUGGGAGAAGACUUGUGUCUUUGGAUUUUCCCACUAGGUGGAAUUUCACCUAUUUGAUGUUGGAUUCUACAGAGAGGUUCAAGCCGGUGUUUAAGUUCAUGCAUGCUAGUCCUACUGAUGCUUCCUUUUGAGGCUAUGUGGAAUCCAAGAAGGUUCUUCCAACUAAAGAAGAUUGGAACAGCAUUAGGCGACUCAUGAAGUACCUGAAGUUCUUUUAUGAGCUUACCCUUCGUGUAUCAGGUAUGUAUAUGAAUUAUCAAAUUUAAAAAUUUAUAUCUUCAAGUUAAAGUGAAUGAUUAUGACUUAUAUUAUGAAUAUUAAUGAUUUGUAAUUUUUACUUAGUAUCAAGAACAUCAUAUGUCACUACACAUACUUUUUGCAAAGCCAUUGUUGAUAUUCAUGAAGUGAUAGCAACGUUAAAGAAUGAUGUAGAUGGACAGAUACAAAGAAUGACAGAAAGAAUAGAGGCAUAGGUGAGAAAGUAUUGGUUUGAGAAUGAUGCUGAUGACGAGGAGGACAACCUUAGGAUAAAUAGGCUAGUUUACAUGACUUGUGUGCUAGAUCCCAGGCGUAAACUGAACUAUUUAACUAUGAUGUUGGAAGAGAUGUAUGAGAGGUCAAAAGGGGAAGCUUUGGCAGAUAAAGUAAAGAAAGAGAUGACUGUAAUGUUUGAGGUCUAGAAGGUGAGGUAUGCACCUCCACCCUCUGAUUAUGAGCCUACUACACAGACUCCUCCUCCUAUUGUGACUAGUGUCGGAUCUUCUGUUAUGGGAAAAGCACUGAAGCUCGGUUAUGGCAGAAGAGAAAGGAGCAACUUGAGGAGGGGGGGGGGGUCGAGGUUCUGGUGAGUUGGAGCAGUAUUUGAGAGAUGUUGGUGAUGCUGUUAAUGAGGAGCUUGAUAAUCAGAAGUUUGACAUUCUGAAGUGGUGGGCUCAGAACAGUGUUAGAUAUCCCAUUCGUUUAGAGAUGAUUAGGGAUAGAUUAACAAUUCCAGUCUUCUAUGCUGCCUCAGAGUCCGCUUUCAGUUGUGGAGGUCGAGUUCUUAGUCCUUUCAGAUCUUCUUUGAUACCAAACAUUGUAGACGCAUUGAUUUGUGCUGAAGAUCGGAUAAGGUACGAAAGUAGAAAGACUGCAGAUGAACUAGAUGAUAAGGAAGAAGAUCAAGCGAUAAGAAUUCAAUUCAUUAUUCUAAUUCGUCUAUACUCUUUACUAUUAAACCAUUCCCAUAGCAACAUUUGUGUUUUUUCUUUGCACAGUCACUAAUACUUUCCAAACUUGAGAGGAAACUGCAAGCGACAUGGCAAGUGGAGCACAUAGCUUACAUGUUUGGGUUGAUGAGGAGGAGAAGGAGGAUGAUGAUGGUGAUGGUGUUGAAGAUGAAGAUUUCGAUGACGAAGACAUUAACCUAGAUGGCGAUGAUAUUCCCAUAUGAUACUCUUCUCAGGACUUUGUAGCAGUAAGGCUGCGUUAAUGUGGUGGUAUAAGUUCUACUGGAGAUGGAGGAGCAUGAGCUAUUGGUUUUCUAUUUUAAUUUUUAAGUUUGAAAUUGUGUUGAAUUUAGACAUUGUCAUGUGCACUUUAGUUAAUUGACGAAUGACGAUUAUGUUGAUUGUUGUCCCUUUGAAUUUGAUGAUGUUUGAUAAAUUUAAAUAUUUGAUGAUGAUUGAUGUUGAUUCAUGAUUGUUGUCCCUUUGAACUUGUGUUAAAUUAAUUAAUAUUUGACAAUUGCCAUUAACAUACAACAUAUUCCAUUAUUCAAAAAUAUUAACAUGCAUGAAUGGAAGUAUAAAAUAUAAAAUAUUGUAAAUAAGAGUUAAGAACUAAAUUGUUAAUUACAAAAUGAAAAAAACUCAAAAAAAUUAAAAUUUGACAAUCUGCCAACUGCCCAGAAUUUCGGAUCGGUUAUUUUUUUGUUAACCGAACCGAAAACAUGCUUUUCCCUCCCCUUUGGGGUAACUCGGUUUAAUUGGUUUUUAACCAUUAACCAACAAUUCGGUUACCGCUUAAUCGGUUACAAACAGGUUUCGGUAUUCGAUUGACUUCUCCUCUUAAAUGGUAUCGGUAACCGACCGAUUACCACCUGUACAAACCAGCAUCCAUUUCAAACAAAGCAUAUAUCAAGAAUGGUCGAGAAGCAUACCUAGAGUGUGGAAGAGGGAAAGAAAGGAAGAGAUAGAGAUGGAGGCCAUUGGAUCACGUGGGAAUCGACGAAGGAAAAAAGUGAGGGCGGCAAAAAGAGAGGGAGACGAACAAGAAGAGAGGACAAGUGGUGGCGGCUAUUAGAACUAGGGAUGUCAAUCCAACCCGUAACCAUGGGUAUCCUACCCGACCGUAACUGGUCAACGAGGGUAAUUACCCGCUUUGACGGGUUAAGGGGCGGGUACGGGUAAUACCCGGUUUCAAAAUAAAGGGUAGGGUACGGGUAUGGUAAUUGAUAAUACCUGCCCUGUUAUACCGCCCCGCUAACCAAAGGGUCAAUUUCCCUAGCCCUAACCCUACCUAGCAGUCGAGUUUCCUUGCCCACACACAAGUGAGGUGCUUGCUCAGGCUCUUCUUGAAACUUUACUUGCUUGGGAUAUUGAUACAAAUGUAUCUACAAUUACCUUGGAUAAUUGUUCUACUAAUGAUUCCUUGAUGGAUGUCAUGAAGCAUAAGUUAAGCAGUGAGCAUUUGAUGUGGUCUGGUUCUAAUAUUGUCUUUGUUGUUUUUCUUUAUGUGUGGAUUGUUGAAGCUAGAACAAAAAUGAUGUAUUGGG